GGAGUCCGAUCUCUGGCCUGGGAUCCCAGCCGUGGCUAUGCACUCGGAGAAGGCUCUACUUUAACCUGUCAGUGCUGGAGGAGGCGGAGGAGCUGACGUUGGCCCAGCUGGAGCUGAGCUUCCCGGGAGAGCCGUACCCACUCCCCGGGGCAGCAGGGGAAACCUGCACCCUGUCCCUCUGGAAUGUGGGAGGGCGUCCCCCCUCCUCCAGUCCGAGCCUCAUCUCCUCACAGUCCUUCCAGAGCCUCCGCGUCUCCCUCAACCUUGACCUGACCGUUGUCUCCAGGGCCUGGAGGCAUCAUAGCGGGAACCCGGGUGCCAUCCUGGAGGUGGGCAGCUCCCUGACGGGAAGCAGGCGGGUACCGGGCCUGGCCUGUGCCCGUCUCGGACUGGCCUUGCGCGCCUCACUGCUGGUGGUGAGCCUGAACCGGGAGAAAUGCCGGGCGUCAAGGAGGAAGAGGAGCUCCUUCCAGCUGCCCCUGGCCUUCAGCCGCGUCUGCAAACGCAGGAGGCUCCACAUCCAGUUCAGGGACGUGGGCUGGCAGCACUGGAUCAUUGCCCCCCAGGGCUACAUGGCCAACUAUUGCCACGGGGAGUGCCCUUACCCACUGAGCGAAAGCCUCAACGGCACCAACCAUGCCAUUCUGCAAACCCUGGUGCACGCCACUGACCCUGAGGACACUCCCCAACCCUGCUGUGUCCCCAUUAAACUCUCCCCCAUCUCCAUGCUCUAUUACGAUAACAAUGACAACGUUGUCCUGAGACACUAUGAUGAGAUGGUGGUGGAUGAGUGCGGCUGCCGAUGAGAUCUUCCUCCAAGCAAAGUUGUUUUUAAUUCUGUUGCUGUUGUCCCUCUUUUAGCCUAUUUUAUAUGAUUUAUUUCUUCCCCCACAAUAAACAUUUGCUUUCAAACUAUAUUUUU